AGCCGCCGAGGCGCACAGCGGAGCACCCGCGCCUUCCUCCUCCUUCUCCUCCUUCUCCUCCUUCUCCUCGUCUCCUUCUGCCGAGCCCCGACUCCGCUUGCCUGCCUCCCUCGGUCCGGGCUCCGGGGCGGGGGGAUGCCUGCGGGCAUGUUCAGCAUCGACAACAUCUUGGCGGCGCGUCCCCGGUGCAAGGAGGCGGCGGGGCACCCCCUGGCAGCCCCUCAAGCGUCGCCCAGCGCCGUCCCUCCGCCGCCCCCUCCACCCGCGGUGCUCUUCUCGGCCGGCCUCCACGGAGGGGACUCGCUCUACGCCUCGGCGGCCAGCAGCGGAGGGGCAGGAGGCAACGGGGGCGGCGGGCCCGGAGGAGACUUCGGCACCAGCUACUACGCGCGGGCCGUGGCGCCGGCGUCCAACCUGGCGGCCUUGGGCGGCUCUCGCCUGGGAGGCUACAGCAGCUACUACUACGGGCAGCUCCACGUCCAGGCCUCGCCCGUGGGGCCCUCCUGCUGCGGGGCCGUCCAGCCCUUGGGCGCCCAGCAGUGCUCCUGCGUCCCCGGCACAGGCUACGAAGGGACGGGCUCGGUCCUGAUGUCCCCGGUCCCGCACCAGAUGUUGCCCUACAUGAACGUGGGCACCUUGUCCCGGACUGAGUUGCAGUUACUGAACCAGCUUCACUGCCGGAGGAAAAGGAGGCACCGGACCAUCUUCACCGACGAGCAGCUGGAGGCCCUGGAGAACCUCUUCCAGGAGACCAAAUACCCCGACGUGGGCACCAGGGAGCAGCUGGCCAGGAGGGUCCACCUCCGGGAGGAGAAAGUGGAGGUGUGGUUCAAGAACCGCCGGGCGAAAUGGAGGCGCCAGAAGCGCUCUUCCUCGGAGGAGUCGGAGAACGCGCAGAAGUGGAACAAAUCCUCCAAAGCGUCCCCGGAGAAGAGGCAGGAGGACGGCAAAAGCGACUUGGACUCGGACAGCUGAUAAGACAGGGCGGCUCUCUUGGCCUUGGCUUUCGCCCUURCCUGAGGAGGCCUGGCCCGGCCCGGCUUGGCCUGAGACAAGGACUUGGGAGUUCGGCCUGGGCAGAAGGAAGGCGCUCCCUCUCCCUCUGCGUCUGUAUAUAGUGUACAUGAACACCCCCCCCCCCCCGAAAUAAAAAAGUGUCGCGGAAGUGUUUGCACAGGGAGGGAUCGUGCCCAAGUUGGAUUUCUUUGGCAGCUAAUGCAGGCAUGGGCAAACUUCAUGCUCUCCGGGUGCUUUGGACUUCAAUUUCACAUCAC